AUGACCACUGCAAUGCUGGCCCAGCAGCCCUCUUUGGGUGCUCCGAAUCAGCUGGUCGACUGGUCUAUGUUCAAUCCAAACACCCUCUCCUUGCAGGCUGCACCGGCAUCAUCUGCUCCGUAUCCCUCUGCUGCUCUCCUGACCGAGGCGGAUCUUCAUGUUCUCAAUCUCCCAUUAUUCCUGCAAAAGAGCACAGACGUCGACAACCAUCCCGCCCUCGAUCCCCUCCAGAUCCAUUCGGCGGAGCUCAAGCCCACUCCCGCCAAUCAUCACGACGCCCACUCCACUCGGUCCUGCCGCGCCUCUAUCAGCAGCUCCUCAUCCAUCCACUCCUCGAUCACCACCGGAUCAGAAACCGCCGCUUCCAAGAAAGCUACAAAACCCAAACGCCCUUCCAAGUCCAAGAUAUAUGCACCCGAUGAUCCCCUGCGAGAGAGAUAUCUGGAGCGCAACCGCCGCGCAGCCACCAAAUGCCGUCGCCAGAAGAAAGAGCGGAAUCAGCAGCUGGAGACCCUCUAUCACAAACAAUCUGCCGACCAGGAGCGCCUGCUAUCCGAGCGGGAUCGCAUGCGCUCGGAGCUGCUCACUCUCAAGGAUGAGCUAUUAAAACAUGCACAGUGCGAGGACCCUUCUCUGAAGUGCUACUUGGCCCAGAUGGUCGAGGAUGUCGGUGCGCGGCGCUCGGCCAGCUACUCGUCGGCUUCUUCAUAUCCUACGGCGGGCAUGCCGCCGCCGCAGCCUUUGGUGUUCACCGACGAAGAGAUGCAGUCCCUGACGAGGGUGGGCGAAGUUCCAUGGACCAUACCGGGUGACUUUGUCGAUUUUGCUCAGAGGUAG